GGCUAGCAACAACCUCCAAGUGAAUUGAAGCCGAACAUUCAACCAUCACACCCUUCUUUUCAUCUCCCUCGUCCUCGUCCUCGUCCUCGUCAAAGCAGCCGCCGUCAUGUUCUCGCGACAGGUUCUCCGCGCCGCCCGAGUCGCCGCUCCUCAGCGAGCCCUCGCCCUCCGAGCCGCCCCCGUCCGAUCUUUCGCUGCCGCUGCCUCGACCGAAGUCAAGCCCCCGAUUUCCGUCUUCGGCGUUGAUGGCACAUAUGCUACUGCUCUGUACACUGCCGCCGUCAAGACCUCGAGCAUCGACGCCGCUGCCGAUGCCCUGAACAGACUCGGCGCUCUCAUCGAGAAGGACCCCAAGCUCGCCGCCGUCCUGUCCGCCCCUACCCUCACCGCGGCCGACAAGAAGGCCAUCGUCCAGGAGCUCGAGAAGCAGAUCAACACCAAGGACGAGACCGUCAAGAACUUCCUCGCCACCCUCGCCGAGAACAACCGACUUGGACUUAUCCCCGGUGUUGUUGAGAAGUUCUCCUCCAUCAUCUCUGCCGCCCGCGGUGAGGUUGAGCUCACUGUUACCAGCGCUCAGGCUCUCGACAAGCGAACCCUCAACCGAUUGGAGACUGCCGUCUCCAAGUCUGCCUACGUCAGCCAGGGCCAGAAGCUCAAGGUCACCAACGAGGUUAACCCCGAGAUUGUUGGUGGACUUGUCGUUGAGAUCGGUGACCGAACCAUCGACCUCAGCGUCUCUUCCCGCAUCGCCAAGAUGAACAAGCUCCUCACGGACUCUCUGUAAAACCACCAACAUAGUAUACAAACUCUAUUUAGUGUCUCCCUUGCCUCGUCUCAUGGGAUCCGUCACCACACAGAACUAGCUCUAAGCGGCUUGCCCGUCGGCUUCUGGGACUUCUCUUCCGCCUGUUACUUUUUGAGUCCUCCGAGCCCAAUUGCUGUUGUAUCCCCGGGCUGAAGAAGAAGAAUGGGGAGAGCGUCGAUGGAAAGAAUAGUGUAGGAGGGUGUGAACAGGGCAUGCAAUAAAGCAGUUCCCCAAUUGAAUUCUCUUUGUUCGGCGUGAUGGCUUUCAGUCUGUCUGUCUGUCUGUCUGUUGUAAAAAGAAGAAGAAAAACCAAUGAUAAAUGAUUCUCUCUGACUAGGAGGCCGAGCGCACACAUGAUCGAAAUUUUCACCCCGAUCAAACAAAUGGUUUUAGUGACUUGAACAUG